AUGCCGUUACUCAGCAGAAUCGUGGAAAACGAAGAGGCCGAGUACGACGGACUACUUACUCAAGACGAAGCAGACUGGGUCGAGCUGCAACCUUUUUUACUCGAACAUGGAUAUCAACUCCGCCCUAGGUAUCAUCCAAACUGGAAACCGUCAUGGAGACGGCCUUGGAAUUUUUUCUACAAAGAUAUGUGGGAUUGUCCUGACCAAAUUGGAUUGAAUCGGUGGAAUUUGAUUGAUGCCGUUCGACUUCAGGACGGAAAGAACGUCGUCAUAAAACGUGUGGUUCUCGAGCACGACAAUAUUGCAAUCCUUCAGCUUUUAAAUAAACCUGAAAUGCUCAGCGACCCCCGAAAUAAUACAGUCCCACUUUUGGAUGUGAUAUAUCUCCAGAACCUUUCUGGGGAACAAGGCAAAGACAAUGCAUUGAUUGGUGUACAAUUUUUACACGAGCACCAAAUUGCGCAUAGAGACGCUUGUAUCUUGAAUUUCAUGAUGGAUCCGACGAAUGUCCUUCCUAAAGGCUUUCAUCAUGCGAACGCAUCCUGCCAGCCUGAUGGGAAGACCCCAAUCGAGUUCAACGAUAGAUGUUUAGUCGGUACAGUGAGAUAUUAUCUUAUUGAUUACGAAACCGCGGAUAUUUUCCCUCCAGGAACUCUGUGUAUUGGACGUUAUGGGCAGGAGAAAGACGUCCCUGAGAUGUCAGAUACCGUGCCAUAUGAUCCUUUUAAACUAGACGUAUAUCAGGUGGGAUGUGUGAUUAGAACACUUAUAGAGGAGUACGAAGGGCUGGACUUUCUGGCCCCAGUUCGUGAUUCUUUGACCUGCCAAUCUCCAGAAACAAGACCGACAGCUACAGAAAGCCUCUCAAUUCUUCGAGCUACCGUAUCCAAUGUCGAACCGAUAACGCUGUCAAAGAAAAUUCGUAUGAAAUUUGAUGAUUCCGGAGACUCAGAAGAACAUAUUGCUCCGGUCACCACUGCCAUUCUUCCACAUGCAGCUCUAUUUAAUUUUGUAAAAUCGUGUUUUGGGUGGUAG